CGCUUCUUCUCUCUCUUCGCUUUUGCCGUAACCGUAAGAUCAGAGAUGAGAGUGAUAGGUAUUCGGUAAAUGUAACACGUUUCGUUCAUUGUGUAUUAAGUAUUGUAGGAUAGAACCCAAUUGAAUUGAACUAAGCACCGAGGAAAAAUGAGAGGCCACGAUUUGAUAAACACCUUCCUCCCCGAUGAAUUGAUGGUCGAGAUUUUCGGCCACCUCGCCACCAAAUCCAGCCGCGACGCAUGCUCCCUCGUCUGCCGCCGCUGGCUUCGCCUUGAGCGCCUCUCCCGCUCCACCCUCCGAAUCGGCGCCUCCGCCUCCCCUGACAUCUUCCUCCACCUCCUCCCCUCCCGCUUCUCCAAUCUCCGCAACCUCCACAUCGACGAGCGUCUCUCCAUUCCCCUUCCCCUCUCUCUUCCCCUUCCCGUUCCCGCUAGAAGGCGCCCUCUCAAGGUGCAUUGUGUUGCCGACAACACCUCCUCGGCCGAGACCAAUCCCGAUUCGCUCUGUUUAUCCGAUGCCGGCUUGGCCGCUCUCGGCGAAGGCCUUCCUAGGCUCGAGCGCUUGAGCUUGAUCUGGUGCUCUAACGUCUCUAGCGAGGGUUUGAAAUCCCUUGCUUACAAAUGCACCCUCUUAAAAUCGUUGGACUUGCAGGGUUGUUUUAUUGGAGAUCAAGGUCUGGCUGCCAUUGGACAGUGUUGCAAGCAACUUGAAGACUUGAAUCUUCGAUUCUGCGAAGGCUUGACCGAUAGCGGUUUCACUGAAUUUGCAUUGGGUGUGGGGAAAUCCAUGAAAUCUCUUGGUGUGGCAGCUUGUGCCAAGAUAACUGAUGUCUCCAUGGAAGCUGUAGGAUCAUAUUGCAGAUCACUUGAGACGUUGACAUUGGAUUCCGAGUACAUACACGAUAAAGGGGUGCAUGCUGUGGCUCAAGGAUGUCCCCAUUUGAAAGUUCUAAAGCUGCAAUGUGUUAAUCUAACAGAUGAUGCUUUGAAGUCUGUAGGCGCUGCUUGUUUGUCCCUCGAGUUAUUGGCACUAUAUAGUUUUCAGAGAUUUACUGAUAAGGGCUUGCGUGCCAUUGGGAAAGGAUGUAAGAAGUUGAAGAAUUUGACUUUAAUUGAUUGUUAUUACCUAACUGACAAGGGUUUGGAAGCAAUUGCUACUGGCUGCAAGGAGCUUACACAUCUUGAAGUCAAUGGAUGCCACAACAUUGGAACCAUUGGACUAGAAUCCAUUGGGAAAUCUUGCAAGCAUCUCACUGAGUUAGCAUUGCUUUACUGCCAAAGAAUUGGCAAUAUUGGCCUUCUUAAGGUUGGACAGGGUUGCAAAUUCUUGCAAGCCCUUCACUUGGUGGAUUGCUCGGGCAUUGGAGAUGAAGCCAUUUGUAGUAUUGCUAAGGGCUGCAGGAGUUUAAAGAAACUUCAUAUUCGUCGAUGUUAUGAGGUAAUCUGUCUUCGAGAUGUAGAUUUUAAAUCUUAUAUGUUUGUUUAUUGCUCUCUCUCUCUCUCUCGUAAUUUGCUAACUGAUCUUAGCAUCCGAUUCUGUGAUAGGGUUGGGGAUGAGGCUCUUAUCGCAGUAUCUGAGGGUUGUAACCUUCAGUAUCUCAAUGUUAGUGGUUGCCACCUAGUUGGAGAUGCUGGAGUGAUAGCCAUUGCAAGGGGAUGCCCUCAACUCUGUUAUUUAGAUGUGAGCGUGCUGCCGAAGUUGGGUGAUAUGGCGAUGGUUGAGCUGGGAGAAAACUGUCCCUUGCUUAAAGAAAUAGUACUUUCACACUCCCGUCAAAUUACUGAUGUUGGUCUAGCACAUCUUGUGAAAAGUUGCACGAUGCUGGAAUCAUGUCACAUGGUUUAUUGCUCUGGUAUAACAUCAGCUGGUGUAGCCACGGUUGUUUCUAGCUGUCCCAACAUAAAGAAGGUACUUGUUGAAAAGUGGAAGGUUAGCCAGCGGACCAAGCGACGCGCCGGCUCAGUCAUCGCCUACUUGUGUGUGGAUCUUUAGAGACCUUUGGUAUAUAUUUGCAUCUUUGGGAAUUUUUUUCAGUCUGAUAUAUUAAUAAAGCUGCUGGCAAGUUGCAGCCUGAAUUUAUUUCUAGUAUAAAAGAGGAGGCAAUACUAGGAUAUGCAUGGGCACAUAUGUUGUAAAUUAAGCAGCUCUUUGGUCCCUUACAGGAUAUGUAUCAAGAGUGUAGAAACCUUGGUAAGAGAAAUAAAUGUUAUUGAUACUUUGAUAGUAGCA